AUGCAGACGACCGAGCCUGACCUCCCAACCACCGACACCGUCUUCCCAGAAGCGACUUCUGCUACUGGCCGACCAGCAUCCCGUGCUGGAUCACGUCAAAGCUCUCGUGCUCCGUCUAUCACUGGAUCGAAGCUUGGAGCCAACAGCUCCCGUCCAGCUUCACGCGCUGGCAGCCUUGCGCCACCAACCGGUCGUGGCCGUAGCCGCACUCCUGGUGCGCGGGGUGGCAGUGUUAGUCCUCUUGCAGGCACGAGCGAGGAUCCUACUGGACUCCUCGAGUCUGUACUGGAGACUGAUGGGUUCUAA